AUGAAAUUACUUUGGUGCUGCGUGAUAGUAGCAAUGAUGCUAACAGACUCUGAUGGUGUGGAUAUAGAAAAAACUGUUACACAAGUUCAAAAUAUUCUCAAAGCAAAUGAAGGAUUACCAAGACUUUCAAGAGAUGAAAUAAUACAGUUAUUAAAUGAUAUUAGGGCAGAAGAUGCAAAAAGUAAAUCAUCGUCCACAGAAAAUUCAAAAGAAUUGUCAAAUACUACGCCUUGGAUUGGAGAAAAUGAAAUUAACCCAAUUACGCAACUGCCUGAUAUUCGGGAAAAUAUAGUGCAUAAUAACCGAGACUUAAAAGCUUCAGCAUCACCUCCGAAUACUAAAUAUGAAAGUGUUACGAAAAAAGGCGAACCGUCCGUAGUAGUAGUCUUACCAUACACACCACGUGAUGGAUCUUCCCUACAAGAAUUAUAUACAAGACCUCCACGAGUUGAAGUUAUACCAGUGUCGAAGGUUACCCCCACUCCUCUCAUCAGUUCACUUGAAAAACUCCAACAAACAUUGACUAAGAAUAGCAAAACUCCACAAAAACCGAAGGAUGAUUUACCAGCUGAACUACAAGCAUUUCUUGAAGCACAUGGCUUGAAAGGUCAACCAGGUCAAGAUAAUUUUCUUUUACCACUGGAAGGUUUCAAGCCUCUGCCUCCAGCCAAAAUUGUAGAUGGAACAGUUCAGUUGCCCGAAAACAUACUUUUGACUUAUGAUUUAUUAUCUCCAGAUGAUGCUAAACCAGCUGAAACAAAAAUCCCUCCAACUAACUUUUUGUAUGAACCGUUACGACCGGAGUUCCCAUUUGAGCUCGAUACUUCACAGUCAGAAAAUAAGGAAGUAGUUCUCCCACUGCCUCUUCCAGUUAGGAGAACGAAAUCUACUGUCAAUAAACCCUUACCUAAUUAUGAACCUAUUGAUUAUGAUUCAGUAAAAGUUAUUCCUUUAACAAAAGGUAUUAGUCCACUUGAAGAUAAUAAAUCUGAUAUGAAUGUUGAGCAAAAUAAAAGACAAGCAGAUCCGUCUACUAUAUCACCUACCACUACAACAUCCACUACAACUACACCAGCAACACUAGAAAGUGAAUCGAAUAAUGUUGAUUUAAAAGCCUCAUUAGUUGAUGCUGCAACUGCUGAUUCCGAAACUUCCGAUACAGGAGCUUCAAUUGCUGAUUUGGAAGACUCUUUUGGUGGAGCAGCACCAGUGCAACCAGGUGAUUCUGAAUUGCCUCCUCCCAGAAAAAACGGGUUUUACUGGAUGCUCGAUUGGAAUAGUUUCCUCGAAGUCGGCGAUGGUGAUACAAAAGUAAAUAUACACUUUGAACCUAAACUAGGUGACCCUCAAAUGUUCAUACCGGUAAAUGUACCUUGA